AUGUCAUCAUUAAAUUAUACAAAAUUAUAUGAAGCAACAAAACGUUUGGAAAAACAUUUAAAAGAACGUGAAAAUGAAUAUACAAUUUAUAAACAAUUUAAUAUUCUUGUUGGAACAUUUAAUGUUAAUAAUCGACAAGCACCAUCAAAUACUUUACUUGAAGAAUGGCUUAGUCGUGUAACAGAUAAUAGCUAUAGACAACAUAUUAUUCCAGAUAUAAUAGCUGUUGGUUUUCAAGAAAUUGAUACAAGUAGUGGAGCAUAUAUUUAUGAUGAUAAAAAAAAAGAAGAUGAAUGGGAACUAAUUGUACGACGAACAAUUAAACAUUGCUAUAAAACAAAACAUGAUAAUGAAAAAUUCCAAUUACUCAAUCGUAUUAGACUUAUGGGUAUUUUACUGUUUGUUUAUGUGCGCGCCUCACAUAUGGAUAAAUGUACAUUAGUAUCUCAUGCGUCAGUACCAACUGGUUUUAUGGGUAUUGCAGGUAAUAAAGGUGGUGUUGGUAUUAGUUUUCGUUUCUAUGAAACAAAUAUUUGCUUUGUUAAUUGUCAUUUUGCAUCGGGUGAUGGACAAACACAGCGACGUAAUGAAGAUUAUCAGACUAUAGAAUCACGAAUGGGAUUUACUGAUGGACCUACUUAUUCGUUUAAGGAUUAUAUUCGGUAUACACCAACAACAGCCGGUAGUUCUACUCCGAAUGUUCAGAUUUCUUCUACUCCGACUCGAUGGUGGAAAAUAAACGAUCAUGAUAUAGUCUUUUGGUUUGGUGAUAUGAAUUAUCGAAUAUCACAAACAAAUGAACAAGUGCGUAAAGCUCUAAAUGAAGUUUCAAUUGUUCCAUUACAUGAAAAAGAUCAAUUACGUUGUGAAAUGAAAUUAAAUAAAGUCUUCACUAAUUAUUAUGAACCACCGAUUGAUUUUAUACCGACAUAUAAAUUCGAUCCUAAUACCGAUUUUUAUGAUACUAGUGAAAAACUUCGUACACCAUCAUGGACAGAUCGUAUAUUAUAUCAUACAAAACGAUCGAUAGUUCUUCAUCAUAAUAACGAUACAGAACUUCAAUCAAUUCAACCGAUAUAUUAUUCAUGUGCUAAAACAAUUAGAUUUAGUGAUCAUCGUCCCGUUAGUGGUCUUUAUUCAGUUGCAAUUAAAUAUAAAUAUGACGAUGAACGUUUAAAUCGUAUACGUGAAGAAUUAAUUCGUGAAUUUGAUCGUGAAGAAAAUGAUGCUAUACCAACAAUUGAAAUUCAUCCACGUCCACCGGCUAUUGUAUUUAAUAAUGUACGUUAUUUAGAUAAAGUUAGUUAUUCAUUAUUGAUAACAAAUAUUGGUGAAUGUCCAUGUACAUUUUCAAUAUAUCCAUCAGCAGCAUUUGAACCAACACGUCCAAUAAAAAUGAAAGAAUUAUCAGAAGAACCAUUUUUUGAUUGUUUAACAUUUACACCAAAUCCUCCGUAUUUUUUACAAAAGAAUGAAAAACAACACAUUGAUAUUACUUUUCAAAUGAAAAGUCAAUAUUCAUGGUUAUUUGGAAAACAAUUAAAUGAAAUUCUUAUAUUACAUGUUGAAAAUGGUGCUGAUACAUUUAUAACGUUAGAUAUAACACUUGAUAUGGAACCAUUUGGUUUAUCAUUUAAUCAAUUUCCUCCGACAUUAUAUGAUAGUGAAAAAAGACAAUAUAUUUAUGCAAUAGAUAGAAACAGAUCUUGUGAACGUAUUGUUGAAAUGAAAAAUGAUCCACCAGCACUUUAUAUAUCAUUAAUUGAUUGUCUAAAAGAACGUAAUGAUAUUAAUUUACUUAAUAUAUUUAAUAGUGAUGUUCAAGAUACAAAUGAUUUAAUUCCAAUACGUAAUCAAAUCUAUGAACAUAAUUAUAAUUUUGAAAAUUGUCCAAGUGUUCCUCUGUUUAUGAUGCUUUUACAUUUAUUACAAUCAUUACCUGAACCAUUAAUAGCACGUGAUAUACAAGAUAAAAUAUUUCUAGGAAAUAAUAAUACAAGUAAUCGUUUAUAUCAAUUACCAAGUGGUACAUCUAUACAAUCGCAUAUACCAAAUGAGAAUUCAUCUCAACAACUAAAUAUGACAAAAGCUGUUAGUUUUAUUAUUGAACAAUUACAACCAAAACAAAGAAAUUUAUUUUUUCGUUUUCUUUUACUCUUACAAAAAUCUUGGCCACCAUCAGAACAACUAAGAAGAAUUGAUAGUGAUGCACAAAGUGCUUUAAAUAUUUGUAUUGAUGUGUUGGCUCUUUCAAUUUUACAUGAACAUGCAAAUCGAAAUCAACGUCAUAAUUUUCUCUUAGCUUGUCUUAAUGAAGAAAAAAAGAAAAGUUCUAAAUGA